AUGUCGUUAAUUCUAGGUUUAGCGUUCUCCAUUGAUGCACCCGACUGGUGGACACAUGGCGAAGGAGCUAAUCCUAUGAUGUUCACUAAGAAGUUGAUGUUUUUACGUGGCCAAGUUGAUCCUGUGGUCUUCAUUAAAAAGUUAUUUAGAGCCAAAAUUUACGCUGUGCUCUACCGGAUUGAUUAUGGACAUGAAGAGAAUCCACAAGGCAUCCGGAAACCUAAUAAUCAUUUUCUGAGAUUUAGAUUCGAGAUUGACAUGUUAGAAGGAAGUUGGUACAAGAAAAUCAUCGGAGCUUUAAAGACAAUCCAAGGUGUACCAUUUACCAUAGAUGCACCACGUCAGAAGGUAUAUAUGUGUGGGAACAUUGAAGAAGGUUUGCUCAUGAAGAUGUUAACGAAGAGUGGACUAUGGUAA